CCGCCGCCAUGGUGCGGUUCAAGAACAGGUACGUGCUCUGCGAGGUGGUCUCGGAGGACCCGCGGUGCCGGCAGUGCAUCGAGGACCGCGCGCUAGGCCUCGCCGUCAGAGACGCCAUCGCGCGGGUGCACGGCGACUACGGCCUGGCGUGCUGCUCCAUCUCCUUCACAGUGAAGUACCUGAACGCCUACACCGGGACGGUGCUGCUGCGGUGCCGCAAGGACUCGUACCGACUGCUGUGCUCUGCGCUGCCCUUCGUGCGGUACCUGGAGAGCCGCGCCCAGCGCUACCCCUGCUUCCUCAACACCCUGCACGUCGGAGGUACCAUAAGAACUUGUCAGAAAUUUCUGAUUCAGUACAACAGAACACAGCUGCUGAGGUUGUUGCAAAACUGUACAAAUGAAGAAGAAAGACAAUGUAUACAGAAGUCCUUGUUGAGCUGUUCCCUUACAGAAGAGCAGUCGCAAAGUGGAGAUGAGGAGGAGGAUGAUGGCACAGAGACAGACUGAAUGUCACUUGUUACUGUUGACCUCCAUUCUGUACUUUUUAAUUGAGAUGUGACUCGUUAUCCUCAGUGUUAAGCAGUGCAGGGGACAGCAAAAGCAUUUGUUCAUAUUUAGACUUCGUUCCCCAUUCCAAAUGUUCUUAAGAUUUAAAAAAAAUAAAACACUAUUUCAAUUAA